AUGAACUCUAACAACGUUUCUUCGUCUAAUAACAUCGCUCCCGCUUGCAAUAACAAUAUUAACAAUAAUAAUACUUUAAAUAAUGAUUUACCUCCUAAUAACAACAACUCAUCCUCUAAUAAUGAUGCUCCCACUUGCAAUAACAAUAAUAAUGCUUUAAAUAAUAAUUUACCUCCUAAUAACAAUGUUUCUGCUUUCAAUAACAAUACUUCCACUAAUAAUUCAAAUAAAAACUUAUCUACUGAUAACAAUUUACAUGAUAAUGCUUU